AUAAUUAUGUAUGCUUAUUGUUUGCGUACUUAUUGUAAUAUAGUUUGACGGUUAUAUAGUACAUACCGCUGCAGUAUUGCGGCGUCGCGCGGAUGACUGUAAAUAAUAAUAAUAAUAAUAAUAAUAAUAAUACAUAUUAUGUUAAUAUUGUGUAGUAAAUAGUAAAAUUUGUCAAGAUCACUGUGAUUGCACUUUCUUGAUUGCCUGUGAGGUCAAAACCCUAUUCGACGAAUCGACAGUUAAGCUCAUCGUUCAUACCUCUAUUAUCAGUUUUGAACAGUUUGAACUUUUUACCAUAGGUACCCAUAUUGUAGUAGCCAAUUGUAGGUGGCCGUAGUUCAUCAAUUCGUUCCUACGAAAGUCAAUUUUUUAAACAAAUUAAUAUCAUUAUUGUUAUAUUUAAUUAGACGACGACAUUAUAUUUUAUUUACUAUUAGACCCUCAGUGUAUGCGCGCGCGCGCGCCUGAUUUCGGUUUGUGUCCUUGUAUGAGUGUGCGUACAUUAUACCUGUCUAUACUCUAUAGUCUAAUAUAGUCUAUGUGCGGUGGUUGGUGAGUGGUCAUCAACAUAUUGUCGUCGCCUCGAUGUACACGUCAUUUUAAUUAUUAAUUACUUCCGACAUUUUGUCCGGGGAGUAUAAUAUUGAGUUACCAUUGUGCAAUUGUCCGUGUGCUGGACUUUUGCAGGUAUGUCCUCCGACAUACAACCAGAGCUGGGCUCCAGCCAGCGAUGGGAAGCACGCGCCCGGGUCGAUUUCCCAUUGCAUUAUCUGAUAUGGUUGCGUGAACAUAAACUACUGGAGGAGAAGUUGAAUGUGAUCGGUUCCAAUCAACUUCCCACCAGCCAGAAUCAACUAGAAAAAAUAGAUCCUAGAGGUCAUACACCUUUAAUGUUAGCUAUAACAUUAGGUGACAUUGAAUCAACCAGAUUAUUAAUAAAUAGAGGAGCUAACGUCAAUGUAAAGAAUGAUGAAGGAUGGACUGCAUUGCAAGAAGCAAUUGCUACAGGUGAUCCAGAAAUGGUCAAGCUUGUAAUGGAACACAGAGAUUAUCAGCGUCAUUCAGAUCGAGCUACUGAUGUUUCAAAACUGUUAAAGCUACUCGAAGAAUCACCUGAUUUCUAUGUAGAAAUGAAAUGGGAAUUUAUUAGUUGGGUUCCAUUAAUAUCAAGAAUGUGUCCAAGUGAUACUUAUAAAAUAUUUAAACAGGGAUCUAAUGUACGAAUCGAUACCACAUUAUUGGGUUUUGACCAGGGUAAUUGGGAACGUGGAAAUUUGAGUUACAUAUUUUUGGGUCAAAGUAAAUCAGCUACAUUUCUUGAAGUAGAUCACGAAGCACACAGGGUAUAUGUAGAAGAAAUUCAAAUGAUACCUUUGGAUCAGGGUAUUGAAGUAAUGCGUCCAUCAGAUGAUACAAUAGCCAGCAGAUUGUCUGCUCCCAUUGUUAGUUUUGAUAUAGAUACUAAAAAAAUUAGUUUUGAAAGGAAUAAAAGUGGUAUUUGGGGAUGGCGGCAAGAUAAAUCAGAAAUAAUUAAUGAUUAUAAUUGUAAAGUAUUUAAUGCAAGUAACGUGGAAUUUGUCACUAAAUCAAGAACAGAACAUAUGAAUGAAAUUGAAAAGGCAAAAUUAAAUAAUGCAAAAAAUCCUAUCCAAUCGAUUUUAGGCUCAAGUGAAGAAACAUGUCCAGUUAAAUCGGAACUUGAAGUUACAAUGGCUGAAUAUUUUGAUGAAUUGGUUGAUAUUAAAGGAAAAUAUAUACGGAAGCCAAUUGAGCAAACUACAAAAGUUACAAAGAUCAAAGCUAAUUUGUGGCUUUGUGAAGAUUACCCACUUAGUUUGAAAGAACAAAUCAUGCCAAUUGUUGAUUUAAUGGCAAUUACAAGUUCUCAUUUUGCCAAACUAAAGGAUUUUAUUGAAAUGCAACUCCCAUCAGGAUUUCCUGUUAAAAUUGAAAUACCGCUGUACCAUAUUUCUAAUGCCCAAAUUACAUUUGGUAAUUUAUUUGGGACAGAUAAAGCUGUAGAAGGUGUUCAAACAUUAGACUCUAAUGGAAAAAUGUUUUGUGUAGUUGAAGAUUCUGUAUUUCUUCCACCCAGAAGUUAUGUAGUUCUUGGUGCUGAACAAAGACGUCAAAUUGGUAUGGACAAUGAUGAAGAACUGCUUCAAUUUGCUGUUCGACAAAGUCUUUUAGAAACUGGGGCUGAAGAAGAUCAGGUUGAUAUUUGGGAAGCUUUACAAGUUCAGCGACCAAAUACUCCUAAUGACCUCUAUUUUGAUCCAGCUGAUGAAGAAUUACAAAGAGCAAUCCAUGCAAGUUUGACCGAAUGUACAUUUGUGCCUGCGGUUUCACAAUCUGAUGCUCCAGACUUAGUUGAUAAUGCAACGGCUGAUGAUGCAGAUGCUGAUCUUAAAGCGGUGUUGAGGUUGUCUAUUGAAGAAAAAAGGCAGGCUGAACUACAAGUAAGAAUGGAAGAAGAAAUGUUAGAAAAAAUUUUACAAUUAUCUCUGACCGAAAAAUAAUGGGUUAUUAUUUAUUAUAACUUGUUAUAUUAUUGUU